UCUAUCUUUUUAACCAUGCAUAAAUACUUCAUUUUUUUAAUUGGAUUUAUUUAUUUUUUGCAGGUAGCUCCAGAAGAAUUCAGAGCCAGCAUUAACAGGGUUAACAGUUGCCUGAAAAAAAAUCUCCCUGUCAAUGUGCGAUGGCUGCUGUGUGGCUGCUUGUGUUGCUGCUGUACUCUAGGCUGCAGUAUGUGGCCAGUAAUUUGCCUCAGUAAGAGGACACGAAGAUCGAUCGAGAAGUUAUUAGAAUGGGAAAACAAUAGGUUAUACCACAAGCUGUGCUUGCACUGGAGGCUAAGCAAAAGGAAAUGCGAAACGAAUAACAUGAUGGAAUAUGUUAUCCUCAUAGAAUUUUUACCGAAGACACCCAUCUUCCGGCCAGAUUAGCAUUUACUGUGCUACAGAGACUCAUUUUACAUGUGUUUUCCUUCCAAUGGUGCCUUGCUUGGUACUGUCCUGGUGAUGAAAGGUCUGACAGAGCCUUGUGGUUUUACUGUGUUGCUCAAUGGAGUUGUUCAGCCCCUCACAUCAUUGCUUCUGUUAUGGAUUCAGUCUUAUCCUCCUUAAGUCUUGCCUUUGUCUAGUCUUGUCCUUGCAAAUACACUUGUAGAACAUGUAAAAUCAGAUAAUCUAAAGGAUGUCUCCUUUUAGUGUACAGCGUACCUUAUAUACAUUACU